AUGUCGAAGUUGUACACAAAUCCAGACGAGAGCCGGCCUCAUGACGAUCCGGAAUCCGAGCGGUCCCAGCUCCUCGGGCAGCGGCAGGCAUACCACGCCUACUACACUUACCGAGAGACGCCUGUGCAGCGCAAGACCUCGUCGAAGCACGACCCGGAGAACCCGCACCGCAACAAGCUCGGGACAUUCGACGGGGUGUUCAUCCCGACGACGUUGAACGUGCUCUCGAUAUUGAUGUUUUUGCGGUUCGGGUUCAUAUUGGGCCAGAUAGGCAUUUUGGGGACGUUGUUGCUUCUAGUUCUGUCGUACUGCGUGGACCUUCUAACGACGCUCAGCAUCUCCGCCAUCUCGACGAACGGGACGGUGCGCGGGGGCGGCGCGUACUACAUGAUUUCGCGCUGCCUCGGGCCGGAGUUUGGGGGGUCCAUCGGGCUCAUCUUCUUUCUUGGCCAGAUCCUAAACAGCGGGAUGAACGCGGUGGGUUUGAUCGAGCCGUUGCUUUACAGCUUCGGGCUCCCGGAGGGGGACACGGUUCCGUCAGUGGUCGGGUUGUUGCCCAGGGGGAGAGUAUACGAAUUUAUAUACUCGACGUUGAUUUUGCUUCUCUGCCUUGGGAUUUCGAUGGUGGGGUCCGGGACCAUCUCGCGAGCGGGCAACGUGCUAUUCUGGUUAUUGUUGAUCUCUACCAUCUCCAUUCCCUUCUCUGCCCUCGUGGUCGCGCCGUUUGAGCGUGGUAAUAUAGUGUACACGGGGCCUUCAUGGGAAACGUUUUACGGGAACCUAUAUCCCAAAUUCACCGAAGGGGCCGCUGGUUCAGUACGUAGCGGGAAGGAAACCUUUAACUCAUUGUUUGGCGUCUUUUUUCCAGCAACUGCAGGCAUAUUUGCUGGGGCCGGAAUGAGUAGUGAGCUUCGCAAGCCGUCUACUUCUAUUCCAAAAGGUACGUUGUGGGGGUUGCUAUUGACAUUUUCGUGUUAUAUGCUGGUAAUAAUUUCUCUAGGGGCUACAGUACCACGGCAAUCGCUACACCAGGAUCUCCAGAUUGUACAGACAAUCUCCAUUUCGCAGGUUAUUAUAUUUAUCGGGGAAGUAUCCACCUCCUUAUUUUCCAUUCUUGUCGGUAUAGUUGGCGCGGCAUAUGUCCUUCAGGCCAUUUCCAACGAUAAGAUCAUCCCGGGCCUUUCAAUCUUUGCCAAGAAUCCCUCUUAUUCAUUACUAUUUUCGUGGUUUCUCACUCAGGUUUGUUUGCUGUCGGAUGUGAACCGAAUCGCCACCUUUAUCACAAUGGCCUUCCUCAUUACUUUCAUCGUGGUUAACUUAGCGUGCUUUUUAUUGGAAAUUUCUUCCGCGCCCAACUUUCGACCUUCCUUCAAAUGGUUUGACCGUUACACCGCGUUUACGGGCUGUGUUGUAAGCAUACUUGUCAUGCUUAUUGUCGAUCCAAUCUCGGCCACUGUUGUGAUGCUCUCAUGCGCGUUUUUACUUGUGCUGAUUCAUUAUACUUGCCCUGCUAAACCAUGGGGGUAUGUGUCGCAGUCUCUAAUAUAUCAUCAAGUCCGGAAGUAUUUGCUUCGACUACGGCAGGAUAAUGUAAAAUAUUGGAGACCACAAGUGCUACUAUUGGUGGACAACCCCCGCACCAGUUGGAAUUUAAUCAGAUUCUGCAAUCACUUGAAAAAGGGUGGUCUCUACAUUCUCGGGCAUGUUACAGUCAGCAACAACUUUCAAAGUCAAUUCAAUGAACUGCGGAAACAAACCAGAGCAUGGGACAAAAUCAGGGAUAUGGCGAAUAUCAAAGCCUUUGUACAUAUUGGUACAGGCCCAACUUUACCUUGGGGGGUGCGUAAUGUUUACCUAGGAUCGGGCUUGGGGGGUAUGAAACCUAAUAUCACUGUGCUUGGGUUCUUUGAUUUAACAUCGUACUACAAUACAUUGAAGAAGAAGCCCUGCUCUCCAUUAUCUCCAGGUGAUGUUUGUAGAAUGGCCUCCUACUCUCCGAAGAAGGACGGCUUCACCGACUGCCUAGGAGAGAAUGUAGGUAGCUUACCCACGGACGACUGUAAAAAUGAGAAAAAGAUCCAGAUUCAGCAGUGGGUACAGAUAAUUGAGGAUCUUUCUCUGAUGCAAAGCACCAUCGCCGUUGCUCACGGUUUUAAGAACUUGAUUUUACCAUCCAAAUGUGAUUCCGAUGAAGUUCGCUUCAUUGACUUAUAUCCCAUUCAGAUGGCCGCAAGGAUGGUCAAUGCAUCUUCUGAGGCAAUUGUAACGACCAAUUUUGACACAUACACGUUGAUUUUGCAACUAGGAGCGAUACUAGUAACUGUUCCUGAUUGGAAGCGCACCCACAAACUUCGCGUCAUCGUAUUCGUUGAACAUGAAAAUGAACGCUGCAAUGAAAAGAGGCGAAUUAGUAAUCUCUUAUCAAUUUUGAGAAUUGAGGCGGAGACGCUCGUACUUUCUUUGGACCAAUUUAGAGUUUAUAAGACGAUUGUUGAGGGUGAUGUGCACCAUAUGGAUUACGUCAAUAGUGUCUUGAAGGAGGAUGAAUGGUGGAAGGAAAUUAGUGACGCUAGGAGGACUCAUAAAUGGAAUCGUCGUUUUACGAUGAGCGGUAACCAAGUUACGGUUCUUGAAUCUGCGGCUAGUAAAACAGAUUACAACGUUUCUAAACUGCAAAGAUUGGGCGUUUCUUUGACUAUGAAUCCUAACAUUCCGGUGCCUGAGGAUGUCGCAAACUUCUUUUUAUACGAUGGUUCUGAUGAUGAUGAGCUCUCGGAAUUUAUGGACACCUCCAAUUCAUUCCGAUCCUACGACCAUGAAGAAAUGAACGGAUCUGCAAAACGAGUCUUACGGCGGACAAGGUCUAAGACCAGAUUUAGGGAUGACCGGUCAAUUAGGUCUCUAUUACCAGUCUUCUCUAGUGAUAGUCUUCCUAAAACAAAGAUCAUAGAGGAUUCCACAGGGGAGCAGCCGUCACUCGUACCGGUGAUCGACAAACCUGCUGAAUGUGCAACAAGGCGCAAAGAAUGGCAUUGUCUUUCCUCAAGCCACACUAAUGAAAGUUCGCCAGAGGACGCAGUUGAGUUAACUUUCAACAGCAUACCGAGCCGUGCGCAACAUCUGGUAUUGAACGAUAUUAUGACGCAAGUAUCAAGUAGUUCACACUUGAUCUUCUCCACACUUCCCAUUCCUCCUCUGGGCACUCAUAACGACAAGAGUGCCAGCGUUCAAUAUGUACAGGACCUAGAUCUCUGGCUAGACGGGUUGCCACCGACAAUGCUUGUGAAUUCGCAGACUAUGACAGUCACCACCGCGUUAUAA